CCGGAGGUCGUGUACCACAACACGCUAACCAAACAAUACACCCUACCUGAGCUCUCAACGCUGAAUAGGGCUGAAAAGGCUCACCACUCGACACAGUUGACCGAACACCGGAUCUCCCAUGGUUAACACGGACCCCGUACGCUAACUACCUGCCAAAGAUCAUCAGGGUACGCUAAAGAUGUUGCCAAGGCCUUGGAGUAUCGUAAUCGCUGCAAGUUGUCUUCUAACUACCGUGUUGUGUCAGAAUAAUCUGAAUGAAGCGUCCUUGAUUAACCACCUGUUACAAGACUACACGCCCGAGUCCCGGCCUGUCAGGGACUCCACUAACGCCGUCAGGGUAACCCUCGAUCUCGCCCUCUCGCAAUUGAUUGACUUGGAUGCCAAGCGGCAAGAGUUGAAGACAAAUAUAUGGCUCAGACACUACUGGAAGGACGAGUACUUGACGUGGAACGCGUCCGAGUACAACGGACUAUCGGCCAUCCGUAUCCCCAGUAAUCAGAUCUGGAGACCAGACAUCGUACUGUACAACAGGCGGUUUGAGGAGGGGUAUGCUGACACCCCGGACACAAACGCAGUGAUCUACAGCGAUGGAAGCGUCAACUGGAACUACCCCACCACGAUUCAGAGCUCCUGCGUUGUUGACAUCACGUACUUUCCAUACGACAAACAAGAAUGCCUCCUGACGUUUGGUUCAUGGACCUACGAUGGUUUUGCCAUUGACCUCUACAACAGAACAGCUGUAGGAGAUCUGAACAAUCUCAUCGAAAGCGAAGAAUGGCAGAUGUUAGAAAUGGAGGCAAUACGGAAUGUCAUCAUCUAUGGGUGCUGUCCGGAGCCCUACCCGGAUGUGACGUACCACAUCAGGAUUAAACGGAAGUCGCUGUUCUACAACUUCUACAUGGUGGCGCCGUGCAUCGUGCUCGUGCUCCUGGCCGUGCUGGGGUUCUGCCUGCCCAUGGACUCCGGGGAGAAGCUGUCCCUCGGCAUCACUAUGCUGCUGUCUCUCGUGGUGUUCGCGCAGAUCGUCAGCGACAAGCUGCCGGCGUCCUCAAGAGCUAUUCCUCUCAUAGGUCAGUUCUUUGGGAUUAGUAUCGUGGUGGUGACCUUGAGCUCUGCGGCGACCGUCAUUGCCAUGAACCUGCACUUCCACGGCCCCAUGCCGCAACACAUACCGAAGUGGCUCCGCCCGCUUCUGUACAUGCGCAGAUGCAGGUCCAACAAGACCGCCAGCACGGCAGAGAACCCGGAUCUGAAGAGCGUGUACGAGAACGUCAACCCUAAACUCGACUUGGGCCCGGUCAAACCGCCACCCAACUUCUCCUCCAGUCCUGAGCCCAACGACAACAUCCACAGCCUCAACAAAGACUCCAACAACAGCGGUCGGAUCUUCCUCCUACUGGACCGGAAGUUGGACUCCAUGAUCGCGCACCUGAAGACCAUCGUCGCCCGCCAUUACCGGAAGGACACGCGUGACGCUCGGAGUGACGAAUGGAAGCAGCUGGCCAUUGUGAUUGACAGGAUCCUGCUCGGCUCGUUCAUGUUCGUCGCUCUGGUCGCUACUGCAGUGCUGCUCGGCCCAUAUGCCGCUCAAUAAUCUCUCUGAGUCAUUUCAAUAAGGAUGUUACGAUUCGCAGGUGCGGUAAUAUGUAAAAGAUGAAGGCAUGAACAAGACAAGCAAAUCUACAAAUGGCAAAUGGAAACAAAAACAAUUUAUAAAGGUUCGUAGCCUUCAUCUUUGACAUACUACCCACACUCAGUUUCGCUGCGCAUGCGUACGUAUAAUCGUGAACCUCCUUAUUGCAAUCUUUUUCUCAGACCAUUCUUCUUUUUCAAUGUCCUUCCUCUGCCAUAUAUUAAACACUCGGAGGUAAAAUACACUUCUAGCAAUUAAAAUCUUCUCGUAAUAGUAAGGACAUUUCUGAAUCUGACUUUAUUUUUGUCAGUCGAUGUAACCACCCUUCGGCGUGUCGCACCAGAUUCGCAGGCAUGCGGCGGCAGCUGGUCAUAUCACACCAGCUAGUGACACCUGGACACUCAUAUCUUGCCAAUGCCAAUUUUCACUUAUCGUGAAAAAUAUCACAAUGGAUUAUAUGUUUCAUUUCUAAAUCCAAUGUUUAUUUUUCUGACUAAUUGUUGAUCUGAGGGUAAUUACUCUAUGGGAGCAAGAGCUACCAGAACGUCAAAUAAGAUUGAAGUAACAUUUAAUGUAACAAUCUAAUGAAAUGCCGAUACAUGUAUUUUCUUCAGCAUCACAGAUAUUUCUUACUGAAGGAAUGCAGAUAAACAUUUUAGCUGCCGUUAUAGGCAUAAAAGGAGAGUGUAAAUAUUAUAUUAAAUUUAGCCGGCAUUUUGUUUUUAUAAGAUACAUAUCUAGAGAGUAACCAAGAAUAUUUCAUUAGAUCUUACUACAAGAUAGCACAAAGAAUGUGUCAAAUCAAGAACUAAACAUCUAGAGCUGGACACGAACUUUUCUUUGUGAUUGACAAAUAUAUGUACGUUUCAUAUGUACAGAUGCGCCUAGAAAUCAGUUUUGAAUCCAUUUUAAGAAUACCGUUUCUAGUGUGUUGAAUUGGAUGUAUGUGUCAUACAGGGUUUAAUCGGCCUUUCACGGGGCCACGCACAAUCUAGAUAACUUGUCCUGCUGAGCCCGUAUAUAUAUACGGGUUGCACAUAUAUAAUGCGUGUAUGUGGGUCCGGUAUAUCUUUAUAAGUUUGGGGCAUUUCUUACUUAAAUGCUGCAUACCGCAGCAAACCGCAUCGGUUGGGUAGGUUAAUCUGCAAGAGCAGCACCAUAGGUCAAAUUUUAAUGAUCUGAUUAAUUAACCAGCUAAGGGGGUUAAUUGACAAUAAGGAGUUCAGCAGGACAAAGGUUAAUUUCUUUGUGUUUUUUUCGGGGGGGGGGGGGUAAAGUUCAGAAAACUAUUCGUAGUAUAUUCUAUUUUAGCCGGGAUUUUUGCAUGUGUAAUAUGGUGUGUGAGAACCAUACUCGUUUAUGACUUUGUCUCAAUGUGUAAGCGAUUCAACAUCAAAUGAUGUUUAUUUGUACAUAGUUUUUGUGUUUUAAGUUUUGCGCCCUACUGAUUCCUUGCCAAUAGGAUGUAAGUAUUAGGAGUGUUACUUAUUAGUAAUGUCGGAUGCAUGAAAUAUAUCAACUUAUUUUCCAUUACUUUGGU